AUGUGGUUUUCAGAUCAAGUAAGGAAAGAAACGAGUGAGGCAGAUGAGUGGAGUCUCCGGCAGUGGCUGGCAAUUGUGAGGAGGGGUGAUGUCGAUCUCCGACGAGCCCUCAUUCAUUCCCGAUCCGACAUCAAAACACACAUGGAAGGGAGGCAGCUGCAGUCGCCGAUCAAAGGGAGGUCACAGCAAACAAACAAUCUUCCAACUGUAAUCCUCAGAUCUGCACUGACAUUCCAGUACACACAGACGAUUACUUGCAAUUUCUACACUCGCUGUCACUUCCUGCUUAAGAAGUAG